CGCUCACAGCGCGCGCUGCGCGGUCCCGGUGGGGGCGGGGCCCGGCUGGUCCUCGCCGCCCGGUGCCCGGCCCAGCGCCGCACCCCCCCUGCAGGACACCGGGACGCUGGGCCGCACCGUGCAGGCUGGAGACCCACGCAGGGGUCCUUCGCCGCGGCCGGAAUUCACUGCCUCUGCUCCGCCCCGGCCUCCUCCACUGCAUACGGUCUGGUCCCACACAGACCGCGCGCCCUGCGUCCCGUAGCACACCUAGCGGCCCCGCUGGGGCUCAAGGGCCUGCGUCGGCCGCAGCAGCGAGAGCAAACUCCAGCCCCGAAGCCAAGCGCCGACAGGAGGUGCAGCUGCGGGAGACCAGGCAGCCGCUGCCACAGCCCCCUCUAGUGGAAACAAGGGGUGGACCUGAGUGCCGUCGGUCAGUGGGGGACAGGCCUGGGAAGAUGAGGUCCUGCCUGGUGCCUGGGCUGGCCCUCUGCCUCCUGCUGGGGCCUCUGGCAGGGGCCAAGCCUGUGCAGGAGGAAGGAGACCCCUACGCGGAGCUGCCGGCCAUGCCCUACUGGCCUUUCUCCACCUCCGACUUCUGGAACUACGUGCAGCAACUCCAGGCCCUGGGGGCCUACCCCCAGCUGGAGGACAUGGCCCGCACCUUCUUCGCCCACUUCCCCCUGGGGACCACCCUGGGCUUCCACGUCCCCUACCGGGAGGAGUGAGGUCCCGGGCGGGCAGAGCCCCCACCCCGGGGGAGCCAGGCCAGCCUCGCACUCAAUAAACUCCUGACUCAAG